AUGUUGAAGGUGUGAAAGCGGAAGUGUAGUAUUGACCAGCUGAAUAGCAAUUUUGUUCUGCGCGUGAGAGAAAAGGAAGAAAGGAGGAUAGCUUUUAUAGCGGAGUGCUACUGGGUCGGUAAAGGGUACGGGGUACUUUUUUUUAUUAUUUUUUUGUUCGUACAUUCUGCCCGUUUCCACCCCAUUAUCCUGGCGAAAGGUUGAACGGUUAAAAUGGAGGCGGACAGAUCCGGCGGAGGACCAAACCCGAACUCCGGAGGCGGCGGUGGCGGCGGCGGCGGCGGCAGCGGAGUGGGGCGCAACCCAAACGGGCCCAAAGCAGCACCGGGCCAGGCGACAUCAGCUGCGAUGACCGGGGCGAUGGCAGCGGCGGCGGCAGCGGCAGCCGGGGCCGUCCCCGGAUCGUUGCAGUCUCGGGAGCAGCAGGACGGGGACGCGAGUAUGACGCUUCCUGGGAUCCUGCACUUCAUCCAGUACGAGUGGGGACGAUUCCAGGCCGAGAAAUACCGCUGGGAGGCUGAGAGAGACGAACUCAGGGCUCAGGUGGCGUUCCUACAGGGCGAGAGGAAAGGGCAGGAGAACAUGAAACAGGACCUGGUGAGGCGGAUCAAAAUGCUGGAGUACGCUCUCAAACAAGAGAGAGCCAAGCACCAGAAGUUGAAGACAGGAAACGACCAGAGUCCUGGAGACAAGAAACCAGAGCUGGAGGCAGAGCAACUUCCCAAUGGGCCGGCUGAGUCAGACUCUGAGCCAGCCAAUCAGAUGUCCUGGAAGGAGGGACGCCAGCUACUACGCAAAUACCUCGAAGAGGUGGGUUAUUCAGACACUAUCCUGGACAUGCGGUCUAAGCGUGUGCGUUCUCUGCUCGGGCGGAGCAGCCCCGAGGCUAACGGACCCCCAGCCAUUGAAAGCUGUCCAGAGCCUGGGCCGCGAGCAGGUGGAGAGUCCUUGCUGGUCAGACAAAUAGAGGAACAAAUUAAAAGGAACGCGGGUAAGGAAAGCUCGAAGGAACGUGUGGGUGGCUCAGUGCUGGACAAGAUCCCCUUCCUGCACGGCUGUGAGGACGAUGAUGAAGACGACAGCGACGAGGAAGAUGACUUCCAAGGCAUGGCCACUGACUGCAUCGAUGGUCCGCGCAAGAACAAAAAGUCUCGAGUAAAGAUGGGCUCCGAGCCUAUGACCACGGAUCUGGACCCCGAGGAUGAGGAGGACGAAGACGACUCUGAAGAUGCCCUCAGUGAAUUUGACUUCCUGGGCUCGGGGGAGGAUGGGGAGGGGGCGGGAGAGGCCCGGAUCUCGGGGGACGGACGGGAGUUAGAGAACCGCAGGAACAAGUUACAAGGCAUGAUGUCGGACUUCCCCCCUAAACCUGCCCCGCCCCCCUCCGUAUCAGGACAGGCUCGCUCCGGGGAAGGUGGUGCCCUGGGUUUCUCGUCUGAUGUCUUCAUUAUGGAUGCGGUCGGAGGAGGGGACAUGAACCUGGGUGAACUUGCGGAUCUCACCGUUGCCAACGACAACGAUCUCUCCAUGGAUAUGCAGGACAACAGAGAGGAGUUCAAGAAGACAUGGAACCCUCGUUUCACACUACGCAGCCACUUCGACGCCAUCCGCGCUUUGACCUUUCACCCCAACCAAGCAGUGCUGCUCACAGCCUCCGAGGAUGGCACACUAAAACUGUGGAACCUCAACAAGGCAAUGCACUCUAAGAAGAACGCAGCUUUGGAUGUUGAGCCCAUCUACACAUUUAGAGCACACAGUGGAGCUGUUCUGUCUCUGACUAUGGGCGAGGAUGGAGAAUCCUGCUACAGUGGAGGUCUGGAUGGGACCGUCAGGUGUUGGAAGAUGCCAGACCUCAAUGUGGAUCCGUAUGAUAACUAUGAUCCGGGCAUUGAGAGCAGCGUACUAGCAGGCCACGAGGACAGCGUCUGGGGUUUGACUUACUCUUCAGCUCACCAUCGCCUCGCCUCAUGCUCAGCUGAUGGCACCAUUCGCAUCUGGGACCCUCAGAACUCAUCUCCCUGCUUGUCUGUCUUCAAUAAGGAGAGAGAGCAUGGAACGCCCACCUCGGUGGCAUUUGUGGCCACUGACCCCAACCAGGUGGUGGCGUCAUUUGACGGCGGCGAGACGCUGCUCUAUGACCUCAACACAGAGCAGAGUGUCACUGCGCUGGAGACGCAGACCAAAGAUGGCAGCGAGCUGAUCAACCGCGUUGUCAGUCACCCGUCUGAGUCCAUCUCCGUCACUGCACACGAGAAUCGCACCAUCCGCUUCCUAGACAACAAGACAGGGAAAGUCGUCCACUCAAUGGUGGCUCACUUAGAUGCUGUCACCUGUCUCACUACAGAUCCUAAAGGCACUUACCUCAUCUCUGGCAGCCAUGACUGCUCAGUGCGCCUGUGGAUGCUGGACAACAGGACGUGCGUGCAGGAGAUCACUGCCCACAGGAAGAAGCAUGACGAGGCCAUUCAUGACGUGGCCUUCCACUCUUCCCAGCCCUUCAUUGCCAGCGCAGGCGCAGACGCACUUGCCAAGAUCUUUGUCUGACAGCACUGUCGUCAUUCUGAGACCUACAAACACAACUGGGCCUAAACAGACUGAAGUACAGUGGACACAUUUUACCCGCUCCCACACACAAACUACGCGCACACUCGUCCUGCACCACCCACUGGCUGGGCCAUCGCCACAGGACGUAACCCCCCCCCCCCCCUCCCACACACACACACACACACACACACACACACACACACACCCACUCAACUCCUCACCGUUCUCCGAUGCCUCAGUGACUUCUUGUAAUACUAAUCACAUCUUGUAAUGCUUUUUUAUAACUUUAAAAUCCUGGCUGCUCUGUUUUCAAGUAAUCAUGUUUGGAGUAACACUUUUUCUACACUACAAUAUUCCUUUCUGCUUCUUUUUGUUUUUCCCCUCUCUCUCUCUCUCCCAGACGGUUACUACAAAGCACCGCUUGUGUGUUUUCGUGCGCUUGAAACAACAAAGAAACUCUCACACUGCACACGAUGCACUAACGCACCAUCACAUUUCAUUUUAUAUUUAGAGCUUGUUUUGUAAAUCUUUAUUUUAUAUAUUUGAGAGUUUGCUUGUGGCUAACACACGUGUGUAGGAAUCACCUGAAAAAGCCCCAGUGUUGGCAGAAAACAUCAGACCCAACCUCUGCACUGGGAAUCAAUGUAUUACAUUCCAAAGACUCCAGGUAGAGAGUGUGUGUGUGUGUGUGUGUGUGUGUGUAGGGUGUUGUAUUUGGCGCUCAAGAAUGUUUAGUUGUGUGUGUGCGCGCGUGCGUGUGAUGUGAGGAGACUCCACUAGACGGUGACUAACCAGUGUUGAACAAAUAGCUUUAAUUUGACCUUUGUCUGAACGACACCUCGUCGCAUAGUGUGAUCGAGUACCAUAGCGUCCCCAUGAUUCUGCCUCUGCUUGUGUGUGUCUGUGUGUUAGACUAAAUGUCACUUUGCCGUACAAGAUAAAUAAUUUCCACAAUCAUGAUCACUUUCUACAGACUGACGCCCUCACAACGAGUUACCGAGCUACAGAUAGACAUCGUGACGGUCCGCAGGCUGUAGGGCUUCGAGGCCGAUCUGUGCGCUCUCCUCAAAUGGCACAGAUUGUGCCAUUUGGUGCUUUUUACUGUACAGAAGAGUUUGUUUGUGCGUGUGUGGGUGUGUUUGUACAUGCGCUAGUUAAAUCACGGUGCUACGGAAGACCUCGUCAGUCUCGAGUCAGAAUCAGGGACCUGUUAUGUUUUUUUUGUGUGUGUUUGCGCGCAUGAGACAGAGAGGCUGCUUCUCACUCAUCGGGCUAUAGACAUAUUCAUCACCUUUUUAAAUGACAUUCAUUCGUUCGUUGGAUCAUCUGUCAUAAACGUGGUCACAUUUCAGAAUCAGCAGUCGCUGUUUGCGUUUUUUUUAAUCGGAGCACUGCGAAUGACGUCGGUUGUUUCAGCCUGGAGGGGCGUGCAGAGCUGAAAAUGAUAGAACUAAAGUGAGAACCCCCUCCCAGACAGAAACGUAUUUCCUCGGAUGAGAGAUCAUCUUCUUUUGGUGCCAGUUUGUGGGAGGCAGCUUGUUGUUAUUUAUUCCAGCUUUCUAAAAUACAAAAAAGUAAAAAGAAAAGAAAAGAAAGAGAAGCUUGACCUUCACUUGCGCAUAGAGGUCCCUCCUCUUCAUCAGUUGCACAAGUAGCACAUUAGCCAGGGAGCUAAUGGUGUGAAAGCUGGUCUCUGCUUUCUGAAAAGAAGUGCUGGGUAAGGGGUGAAAAGGAAAAACAAAGUCAAUUUUAAAGUCAGCCAUAAAAAGAAAGUAUUGACUUAUCAUGCGUGGGUGUCAGUUGAUAUCCCCGUCUUGCCGAUCUGUUACGGCGCUGCUAUUUUGGGCCGAGAACAUUUGGGUGGAGACCUUGGUCCUUCUGAGACGCACGUUUGUGCUCUGCCUUCCCACCGAUAACUACAGGACAGGUGUUAGUUUGAUGUGAGUAAACGUCGCCCUUUAAUGGUCAGAUAACUUUAUCCUGUUACCCUGAGAAGAAAAAAGAAAAACAGGGCAACCUCAACCUCUUCAAGACUACAGGGUCACACUAGGAGUCAGAUCGAAGUGUUGAAAGUAGCCUAAACACUCCUUUUACAAAUCACCGGGGACACUAGCGUUCACAAUUCAUCUCCACGUAUGUUUAUUUUUUUUUUUUUCCAAACAGUGGUGGUGUGUGUCCAAUGAGGACGUCACACUGCUGUUGCUAUGUGCCACUACAUUAUCGUACUGCUGCUGGGCGUAACGUCCUGUUAUCACAGUUUAACUACUAUUUGGCUCCAUGUUGCACUACAUCUAAAGAGGCUUAUGGAGCGGACAAACAGGGUGCAGAAAAUAAUGUUCCGCAGGUAUUUCUUAUACAAUCUGAGGCGAAUUCUACGAGGGUAGAACCUGCUGUGGCUCACAGUUAUUUGACCGUGAGAUUUACUGAUACCUUUUCUUUCUAGCUCUGAGCUACCUUGUCCCCACCUCUCUCUGAGAAUAAAGACAAAUCAGUAUGACACAUCAAGUAAAAUAAGAAAAAAGAAAAAAGAUCUAAACAGAGGUUGUAAAUGAUGACUAGAGUUGCCAUUGUGUGCUGUAAAUGUCCAUCAUUUCCUUGAUUUCAUUUUUGCAUUUCUUUCAUGAUUAUUAAGAUGUAAGAAUACUGUAGUAUCAUAAGUGAAUCAUUCUUCCUUGCUAGGCAUAGAACUUGCUUGUGAUUGAUAAUGGCAAUGUAAAACUUGUUUAAAAAAAAAAAAAACAAAAAAAAAGAUUAAAAACAUGAAAAAUUAAGAAAAUAAGACAUAAAAAGAUCUGUUACGAGUCAGAGGCCAAGGUAAAGGACUCUCGUUUCUUUGUGUUUUUAUUUUUUUAUUAGCAAUUUAUCACUGUGUGAUAUUUUGUACAUCAUAUUAAGCUGUAUUCAAACGAUUUCCUCCAACUACAAGGGAUAAGAGACCUGCUUUUUAUUCAUUUUGUUUUAGUAUAUAUUUUUGAACUGCAUUCUAGCUUGUAUCAAAUUAAUUUCUUCUUUUUUUUUGUUUGGUUCUUUAUUUUGUUUGUUUACGGGUCCCCUGUUGUAUGUCAUUAAGGAAGAAAAGACAAAAAAAUGAACAUUUUGUACAGUGAA